AUGUGCCCUUACAAGAAGAUUGCCCCUCAAAUGACAGAAGACAUCAUCCCCAGCGAGUUUAUCUGUCCUCUCACGUUGCAACUGUUUGAGAAUCCUCUCCUGAGUCGCCAUGGGAUGAACUACGAACGGUCGGCCAUUGUGGAAUGGUUGGAUUUGGGAAAUGAUACCUGUCCCUUGACCAGACAACCCUUGAAGCUUUCUGGUCUGAUCCACAACAAGCAUUUGAAAAACAAGAUUGAACUGUGGAAGCAAGAGAACGGAUGGGAGGAAGAACAAGACCAGCAAUGCUUGAUCCAACGGUCAGGACUCAUGGCCGAUGAAAUGCUCCAUGAGGAUAGUGUGACAUGCUUUGUUCCGACUGUCGACUCUGCUACUACUUCGACAACAACUACUGCUACCAACAACACCACCACCAACAACAACAAUGCUAUUGCCAACAGAGCUGCCAACAACGCCACAGCAUGCUCGCGACGAAAGGGACGCAAAUGGCUUCGUUCUCUGGUAGGACGCAAGCAAAGAGCUGGGCAAUAA